AUGGCCUCGUCCGAUUCCAACCAUCACUCUUCUAAUGGAGAGAUUGACUUCGAGAAACCGCAAGGCCCGCCCAUUGAGCCGGCAGAGGAGGAGUCUAGGAAGAUUACGGGCUUGAAGGCUAUUGUCACGGCGUUUGACGAAACGGAGGACUUGCCAUGGCUCUCAGUCGGGUACAUUUAUGAUCGGUGGAAUGGCUAUGGUUCUUCCCCUUGGGAAAACUCUACACCUUAUAUGAUACUAAAUGGGUGUAUAUUGUUUCGGACUGUCAUCUUCAUGGCUGCCUCGGCACUCUAUGGCGCAGCCCCUACCAUGACAGCUGAAAUAAUCGGUCGUGUCUUCGCUGGAGCUGGAGGAAAUGGAAUGUACUUUGGUCUUCUGGCGCUUAUGUCCACCGAUACUACAAGUAAAGAAAGACCACAGUACCUAAGCUUAACGUGGUGGCCUGGUCUGGGGUUUGGGUACUGUCCUUGGGCCAGUUAUUGGGGGGGCUUUGAGCUAUACAAUUGGCGUUGGGCCUUUUAUAUCAACCUCCUCUUUGGUGCUGUUCUAUUACCCACUUACUUCUUUGUUAUACCCUCAAGUAAUCCCCUAUCAGGUGUCCCUCAGCGCCAGAAACUAGCUACCUUUGACUGGAUGGGUACCCUCCUCAGCAUUGGUGCCUUUGUUACCCUCGUCAUGGCAAUCAAUUUCAGUGGAACCUUAUAUGCCUGGGACAGUGGACAGGCCAUCGCUUUAUUUACUAUUUCAGGAGUCUUAUGGGUUGUCUUUACCGUUCAGCAGAGCUUCAACAUCCUUACAACAAAGGAGAGCCGGAUGAUGCCAAUUCACCUUUGCGUCCAAAAGGAGCCAAUCUUGCUGUUUAUUUCAUGUGCUACUGUCGGUGCCAUUGCCUAUAUCACCGUCUACUAUAUUCCUAUCUAUUUUCAGUUCACCCGUGGAGACACUGCUCUCCAGUCUGCGGUUCGACUAUUGCCACUCAUCUUUCUGCUCAUCACAUUUAUGACAUUGAGUGGAGUCUUUAUGUCACGGGUUGGAUUUUAUAAACCAUGCUAUGUGGGAGGUAGUAUAUUGGCUCUUAUUGCUUCUACACUCAUGGCAACCAUCGUCAAUAUCAAUACCUCGCCAGGGGUAAUUUAUGGCUUAGAAGCCAUUUUAGGUAUUGGAGCUGGUGUAUAUACACAGGCAUCUUUUGCUGUUAUUCAAGCAGUUGUUGACCCAGCAGAUGCAUCGAAUUGCCUUACUCUUAUGUUAAUUGCACAACUUGGGGGCAUGACUCUAGGUUUAUCUAUUAGCGGUGCUCUCUUUGUUAAUAUUGCCAAAGGGGGCUUAGUAGACCUCUUCCCUAACUUGCCUCUAGAAGAUAUUCAACAAAUUCUCUCUGGCACAAGUAGUGAUUCUUUGAAAAUGCUGUCACCAGAGUUGCGCACGGAGGCUUUGACUCUCAUUGUCUCAGCUUGGCAGAAAAUUUUCAUCUGUGUAUAUGCUAGUGCCGCAGUCAGUCUAGUCUGUUCUCUUCUUCUAUCACACAAACGCGUCAACGUUUCUACAAAAACUGAAAAUAACUAG